CAACAAUGGCCGCCGCUGGCUCCAUUCUACCACUCUCCCACUCUGUUUCUUCAUGGUCAUGCAAACAACUUCAGAAUAGCAGAAACCCACGAAUUAUACCCAUCAAUUCCAUCUUUAAGCCCCCUUCUUUUCACAAAUCUCAUACUUCAUUUACACUUCAAAACCCUAAAAGACUCCAGAUUUCUGUCAAAGCCGAGAAAGAAACAGAAGAAUCCCAUGUGACUGUAGCUUCGGUUGAAAACGAAAAGGGUGAAAUCCAUAUGGGGUCUAAACUGAGUGAAGAAAAUGGCGAUGAAGGCGAAGGGAAGGAGGAGCAGCAAGAAUUGGAUUGGAAGGCUGAUGAUGAGUUCAAGAAAUUUAUGGGUAAUCUUUCGAUCGAGGCUGCGAUUAAGCUGGAAAAGAAAAGAACAGAUAGGAAGCUGAAAGAGCUUGAUAGGGAGAGAAGCAGCGAUAAUCCAAUCAUGGGGGUUUUCAAUCAGCUGGUUCGUGAUAACUUGUCUAGAGAGAAACAGAGGUUAGAGAAAGCAGAAGAGCAUUUCAAGGCUCUUGAUCUCAACAAGUUAAAAAGCUGUUUUGGGUUUACUACGUUUUUCGCAACGGAUGUAAGGAGAUUUGGAGAUGGGGGAAUUUUUAUUGGAAACUUAAGGAGACCCAUUGAAGAAGUGAUCCCAGCAUUGGAACAGAAAUUAUCAGAAGCUGCAGGAAGGGAGGUUGUUUUAUGGUUCAUGGAGGAAAAGUCUAAUGAUAUCACAAAACAGGUUUGCUUGGUACAACCGAGAUCAGAGAUAGAUCUCCAGUUCGAGUUAACGAAAUUGAGCACCCCAUCGGGCUAUGUUAGUGCAGUAGCCUUAGCCGUGACCACUUUUGGGACGAUUGCUUUGAUGAGUGGCUUCUUCCUUAAGCCUGAUGCGACGUUUAACGACUACCUAGCAGACGUUGUGCCACUCUUCGGCGGCUUCCUAACCAUUUUAGGUGUUUCAGAGAUAGCUACUCGGGUAACAGCAGCAAGAUAUGGUGUUGAACUCAGUCCGUCUUUUCUCGUCCCAUCUACGUGGACGGGGUGUUUGGGAGUUAUGAAUAACUACGAGUCUCUUCUCCCUAACAAAAAGGCUCUUUUCGAUAUUCCAGUGGCACGAACCGCCAGUGCUUAUUUGACGUCACUGGCACUUGCAGUAGCGGCUUUCGUUGCUGAUGGUAGCUUCAAUGGAGGAGAUAAUGCUCUGUACAUAAGACCGCAAUUCUUUUACAAUAACCCGUUGCUUUCUUUCAUCCAAUUUGUUGUCGGUCCAUACACGGAUGAUCUAGGCAACGUGUUGCCUUAUGCUGUGGAAGGCGUUGGGGUUCCCGUUGAUCCUCUUGCAUUUGCUGGGCUUUUAGGAAUGGUGGUGACGUCGUUGAACUUGUUACCAUGUGGAAGACUCGAAGGAGGUCGGAUGGCUCAAGCCAUGUUUGGUAGGAGCAAGGCCGCCCUGUUAUCUUUUGCCACUUCUUUCCUAUUAGUCAUCGGUGGUCUCAAUGGCAGUGUCCUUUGUUUGGCUUGGGGGCUCUUUGCGACAUUUUCUAGAGGCGGAGAAGAAAUACCCGCAAAGGACGAAAUUACCCCUCUAGGCGAUGAUCGGUAUGCUUGGGGGGUUGUCCUUGGGCUCAUAUGUUUGCUUACACUUUUCCCGAAUGGUGGAGGAACUUUCUCGAGCUCGUUUCUCAACGGGCCAUACUUCAGGGGCGAUAUGUGAACCGAAGAGCAUAUGGUUUCUAUAAAGUUCUCGUUUGUAAGAAUCGUAUACAUGGGCAUUGGAGCUCUCAUAGUUACGUCGCUUUUUCGACGGUUCGUGUUCCUAUUGAACAAUUGUAAUCAGCAAAUGUUGGUUAUAAUAUUUGUUUGCUAAAAUGAUGAUAUUUAUAA